AUGUCUCCGCUUCGUGUGCUCGUUACUGGAGCCGCAGGCCAGAUCGGCUACUCUCUCGUUCUUCAGAUUGCCAAGGGAGAUGUGUUCGGAAAGGACACUCCUAUCGUUCUUGUGAUGCUCGACAUACCUCCGAUGGCAACUGUCCUUGAAGGAGUACAGUUCGAACUGCAGGAUUGCGCUUUACCUACUCUUCACGGUGUGGAAUGUGUCACGACAGAGAAGGAAGCCUUCACGGACAUCGACUACGCAUUCCUUGUUGGAGCCAUGCCUCGUAAAGAAGGUAUGGAACGUAAGGAUCUACUCGCAGCUAACGUGAAAAUCUUCAAAUCACAAGGCAGAGCCCUAGCUGAGUACGCGAAGUCUACAACCAAGGUGCUCGUUGUCGGAAAUCCUGCCAAUACAAACGCUUUCAUCUGUGCUAAGUAUGCAGCGCCGAAAAUCCCUACUCGCAACUUUUCCGCUAUGACUCGAUUAGACCAUAAUCGUGCUAUCGCCCAGCUGGCGAUGAAGGCUGGUGUUGGAAUUGGCGAUGUGAAAAAUGUGAUUAUUUGGGGAAAUCACUCGAGCACUCAGUUCCCUGACGUGAAGCAUGCCGUUGUCACUAAAGGUGGGAACAGUGUUGAUGCCUAUACUGCUUGUAACGACACAGCCUUUCUGCAAGGUCCAUUCAUUUCAACGAUUCAAAAGCGAGGAGCUGUGAUCAUCCAGAAGCGUAAACUGUCGUCUGCGAUGUCUGCGGCAAAAGCCGCUUGCGACCAUAUCCAUGACUGGCACUUUGGUACUAAGCCGGGUUCGUGGGUAUCGAUGGCUGUUCCCUCAGACGGAUCGUAUGGUAUUCCAGCUGGGUUGGUGUUCUCCUUCCCAGUUACAAUCGAUGGGGCAACAAAAGAAUGGAAGAUCGUUCAAGGCCUUUCCUUUGACGAUUUCGCUAAAGAAAAAAUUGCUGCCACUCAAAAGGAACUCGAGGAGGAACGUGAUGACGCUCUCAAAGCCUGCAACGAAGCCAACUUGUGA